UGUCAUUAUUAUGUACUUGUUGCCUAUAGGGACCAGCGGUGAGCUCAAAGGUGGACUCCACCAAAGGGAGGCCAGCCGUAGCCUGCCAUCACCACCCUGGCUUUUUGUAAUUGGAAUCUGCUUAUGGGCCCAAAGGGAGCCUAUUAAGAAAACACCUAUUUCCAUACACUCUGAACUAACACUCUAAACAAUCUGUGUACUUGCUGAGGAAGACCCUUGAGGGAUUGGAAAUUCUUUUUCUGGGUGACAUUGAGAAGCAGUCACAUGAUUUGGGUGGCUGUCUAGAAGAUGACCAUAGAGGACCUUCCAGAUCUUUCAUUAGAAGGAAAUCCUUUGAUUGGAAGAUACCCAUUUUUAUUUCCAGGUUCUGAUACACCAGUUAUAUUUUCCAUUUCUGCAGCACCGAUGCCUUCAGACUGUGAGUUUUCUUUCUUUGAUCCUAAUGAUGCAUCAUGCCAGGAAAUUCUCUUUGAUCCCAAAACUUCGGUGUCAGAGUUAUUUGCUAUUUUAAGACAGUGGGUUCCUCAGGUCCAGCAGAACAUUGACAUUAUUGGAAAUGAGAUUCUUAAGAGAGGUUGCAAUGUGAACGACAGAGAUGGAUUGACAGAUAUGACUCUUUUACAUUAUACCUGCAAAUCUGGAGCUCAUGGUAUUGGUGAUGUUGAGACAGCUGUAAAAUUUGCAACUCAACUUAUGGAUCGGGGAGCAGAUGCUAGUCUGCGGAGUCGUUGGACCAACAUGAAUGCUUUGCAUUAUGCUGCUUACUUUGAUGUCCCGGAGCUGGUGAGAGUGAUUUUGAAGACAUCGAAACCAAAAGAUGUGGAUGCCACUUGCAGUGACUUUAACUUUGGAACUGCUCUGCAUAUUGCAGCAUACAACUUGUGUGCAGGUGCUGUGAAAUGCUUAUUGGAGCAUGGAGCAAAUCCCGCAUUUAGGAAUGACAAAGGACAGAUGCCUGCUGAUGUUGUUCCAGACCCAGUAGAUAUGCCAUUAGAAAUGGCAGAUGCAGCAGCAACUGCCAAAGAAAUCAAGCAGAUGCUAUUAGAUGCAGUGCCUCUGUCGUGUGAUAUCUCAAAGGCGACGCUUCCAAAUUAUGAUCAUGUCAUGGGCAAGACGAUGCUGACAUCACUUGGCCUGAAGUUGGGGGAUCGUGUUGUUAUUGCAGGACAGAAGGUUGGAACAUUAAGAUUUUGUGGAACAACUGAAUUUGCAAGUGGGCAAUGGGCUGGCAUUGAAUUGGAUGAACCAGAAGGAAAAAACAAUGGAAGUGUUGGAAAAGUCCAGUACUUUAAAUGUGCCCCCAAAUAUGGUAUUUUUGCACCUCUUUCUAAGAUAAGUAAAGUAAAAGACCGAAGGAAGACUAUGGUGCACACUUCUACCACAAAAGCUGUACCUCUCAUCAGGUCCCAGAAAAUUGAUGUAACCCAUGUAACAUCCAAAGUAAAUACUGGAUUAAUGACAUCAAAAAGAAACAGUGCUUCUGAAUCCACACUGUCAUUACCCCCUGGUGAAGAAUCAAAGACUGUAACAGAGAAAGAUGUUACCCUGCUUGGAUCCAUCAGCAGUUCCUCCUCUACAUCUUCUUUGGAACACAAACAGAGCUACCUCAAGAAAUUGAGUGCAAGUAGCAAUAGCAAGAAGACAAUGAGCAAAAGCUCUUCUCUUUCAUCUCGAGCCAGUGCUGGUUUGAAUUCCUCAGCAACAUCCGUAGCAAAUAGUACCCGCUGUGAAGGAGAACUCCACCUUGGAGAUAGAGUGUUGGUGGUAGGCCAGAGAAUUGGUACCAUUAAGUUCUUUGGGACAACAAACUUUGCUCCAGGGUAUUGGUACGGUAUUGAGCUUGAAAAACCCCAUGGUAAGAAUGAUGGUUCAGUUGGAGGUGUGCAAUAUUUUAGUUGUUCUCCAAGAUAUGGAAUAUUUGCUCCCCCAUCCAGAGUGCAAAGAAUAACAGAUUCCCUGGAUACACUUUCAGAAAUUUCAUCAAAUAAACCGAAUCAUUCUUAUCCUGGUUUUAGGAGAAGUUUCAGUACAACUUCUGCUUCUUCUCAAAAAGAGAUUAACAGAAGAAAUGCUUUUGCCAAGUGAGUAUUAAGAAGAUUUAGAAAAACACCUCUCGGGAUAAACGUGACUUGGGAUUCUGUGAAGGAACAACAGAGGAAUUUUGUAUCUUUACAUUGCUUGGUUGAUUUUUAACACUAAGGAGAAAAAGUGUGAUUGAAUGUAUUGAGAAGAGUACUUCCUCCCUCCUUUGCAAGCUCAAUUAAAAUGUCACAAAUUACUAAAAA